GGCAUGACAGCAUUUGGUUCCAAUUAUCCGCAAACUCAUUUAUAAAGGGUGACGCCGUCCUCCCAGAAACUGAGAAACAAAAGUCAUCGAUCAAUCAGCUCACAGAGUCCAUCACAGCAAGAAACAAGAACAACAAUUUGAAACAAUGGUUGCCUUUACUUCCCUUCUCGCUGGCUUCGCCGCCAUUGCCGGAGUCCUGUCUGCUCCCACUGAAUCCUCCGUUGAGGUGGAAAAGCGUCAGACCAUUGGACCUGGCACGGGCUACAGCAAUGGCUACUACUACUCUUACUGGAACGAUGGCCAUGCUGGCGUGACAUACACCAACGGUGGCGGCGGUUCUUUCACCGUCAACUGGUCCAACUCUGGCAACUUUGUCGGAGGCAAGGGAUGGCAGCCGGGCACCAAGAACAAGGUCAUCAACUUCUCCGGUAGCUACAACCCCAACGGAAACAGCUACCUCUCCAUCUACGGUUGGUCUCGCAACCCUCUCAUCGAGUACUACAUCGUCGAGAACUUUGGAACUUACAACCCAUCCACUGGCGCCACCAAGCUGGGUGAGGUUACAUCUGACGGCAGUGUCUACGACAUCUACCGAACUCAGCGUGUCAACCAGCCCUCCAUCAUCGGAACCGCCACCUUUUACCAGUACUGGUCGGUCCGCCGCAACCACCGCUCCAGCGGCUCGGUCAACACGGCCAACCACUUCAACGCCUGGGCUUCGCACGGUCUCACUCUCGGCACCAUGGACUACCAGAUUGUUGCUGUGGAGGGAUACUUUAGCUCUGGCUCUGCUUCCAUCACUGUCAGCUAAAUGGAUUGAUGUGACGACCGAAAUUGGAAUGAGAAGUCUAUGAAUGGCUCAUGUUUGUUACUUUGGGUAUAUGGAGAAAUCACGAUGCUGGAUUGGCUAGUCUAGAUUUUGUAUACGAGAAGAUUGCACAAAUAGACCUAGUCAAACGAGAAACGAAAGUUAUGACAUACAAGUAUUUCCCACUUGACGUACUGGAUAUUCAAAGUUCGCUUAGUCUAGGCUUAAUGUACCUUUUAAUGAUGAAGAUGUAUGAAAUCGCUAGUUGUAGGUUAUCAAUUAAAGGGGUAUAAGG